ACCACUGGACUGUCCCGUUCAGAGACGCUGGCACUUUCGUGGUAAGACGUCGUCGUCUCGGCCAUCCGACGACGCAUUUUCAAAUUUUUUUAUUGCCGUCAUCCCCCAGUCCAAUUGGAAAGUUACGAUCGUGCGGAGAGUCAUGUGUUUUUAGACAGAAUUGUGGAUUUUUUUUGGUUUUUGGGUUCAAACUGAAGACUUUCUUCUUGCUCAAUUUUUUUUUCAAUUUUAGUCGAGGUGAUGGCGGGCCUUAUUAAUUCUACGUCGACCUUCUUAGGUAGCGCAUAUGACUACUACCUCUGGACGCUGUCACUGGCAGACGACAGAACAAGAGGAUGGUUACUGGUAGAUUCCCCAACUCCAACCCUGCUCUACACGAUGGUUUAUCUAUUCAUAGUGUGGGCAGGGCCAAAAAUCAUGAGAAACAGAAAAGCAUUCAAACUGACGUGGCUCCUGGUACCAUACAAUUUCGCCAUGGCGGUCCUCAACGGGUACAUCGCAGUCCAGUUGUUUAUAGCAUCGACUAAAUUGAGGUACAGCUACGUGUGCCAGCCGAUAAGGAAUACGUGGAGGGCCGAGGAGCUUCAGAUUGCCAAUGCCGUCUGGUGGUACUACUUCAGCAAACUCCUAGAGUUCUGCGACACCUUCUUCUUCAUAUUGAGAAAGAAGGACAAUCAACUGAGCUUCCUCCACGUGUACCACCACUCCACAAUGUUUUCAUUGUGGUGGAUUGGAAUAAAAUGGGUUCCGAGUGGCUCAACGUUCUUGCCGGCCAUGGUCAACAGCUUUAUCCACGUGCUCAUGUACUCGUAUUAUGGUCUCGCUGCGUUUGGCCCAUCGGUCGCCAAGUACCUCUGGUGGAAGAAGUACUUGACUAUUCUUCAGCUCAUUCAAUUCACAAGUGCUUUGAUUCUUGGCGUCAAUGGAAUCAAGAAUGGAUGCGACUUUCCACUUUGGAUGCAGUAUGCUCUCGUCAUUUACAUGGUCUCUUUCAUUGUGCUGUUUGGCAAUUUCUAUGCCAAGGCCUAUAUUGCCAAGGGUAAGCAGGUGUACGCGAACCGACAAAGUGCAGCGCUGAAGAAAAAAAAAUUGGCUGACGAGCAGGCAACGACAAGCAAAGUGAAUGGACGACACAACGGUGUAUCCAAUGGCGUUACUUCGAAGAAGAUCCAGUGAAGAAAUAACGUAGUCAUUCUACCCAUUUUAUUCAUUUGUCAUCAAAAAAGCCUCAAACGAGUCAAGUGACUGAGGUAGCCCGUGGAGACGACACUUUUUCUUUAUGCUUAUUUCCUUUAUUUUUUGUCUCCGUUGUCUGUUGGCCACGAGGGCCCACCGCGCAAGUCAUCCUCGUUCCCAAUGAGUCUACAUUCGAGCCCAGCUCCAAUCAUUUCUGUUUUCCUUAUUUCCUUGUUUUUUCUCUUUCUCUUCGGUUCAGUUUUCUGUCACCCUGAAGUGAGAAAUAGAAUAAUAGGUUGCAACAAUUUGUGUAUAUAUUAUGUAGGUAGAGUAUCUGGGGGGGGGAGGGGGUAGGUCGAUGAGGGAAAAUUAGACAAACGUGGAGUCAAUUAUUUCUUGCUUCAUGGUGAUAUUUUUCUUGUUUUUAUGGAAUAAAGAAUAAAAGAAAUGAUUAAUUUAAGCAUCGCUCGGUGUGAGCGAGUUAGGGGGUGGUUGAAGAAUAAUUUAUUGUCUUAAAUUAAUGCUGAUUUGCGCAGAAAAAAUGAUACAACACAGUGAAAUCGAAUCCACUCGAGAACGUGGCGAGAGUCGAGUCUGUAUUUAUUGAAAAAGACGAAUACCUCGUAAUUCUUUUUUCAUAUCUACUCCAAAAUCAGGUGUUAAGGCGUUUGAGGACAAUGUGUGCUUCUCAUGUCUCACUGCCAUAGUCGAAUUUGCAGAAAUCCGUGAAUCAGAAUAGUUGAAAGAAAAUAUUUUGAGGAAUAUUUAGGAUAAAAUGCCACCAAUGUCUACGUGAUUCAUUAGCAAAUGCUGAAUUGACUCAUCAGAGCUCCAGUCUUACCCGAUUUUUCUACGAAACAAAUUAAUUGAAUAAUGGAGAAUAAAGAAUUCACGAAACGUGUACAAAUACCAGGGACUACAAUAUAAGAUUUUGCAAUGUUCGAUCGUGUAUUGAGUCGCAGUAGAAAAGGACAAUGUGGAUGGAAUUCCAGUAAUCUGCCAUUGAUGGGCACAAGUAAUACAACUAGAUCGUACAAAUUAGUUUCUUGUCAUGUUUUUGUUUCAUUCAGGUAGUCAUAAAAAUGAAUUGUUCAUUAGUUUUGAAAAUAAUCUCGGUCAAUUAACAGAAGAAAAAUGAAACAUUUCGAUUGAAUUACUGUCUUGUGUGCAUUACCACAUAUAUAUUUUUCCAAACUGAAAAUGCAAUCUUAGGCAAUAAAAUAUUGUUAUGUUUAUCAUUGCAGUUGUCAAAUGUACAUAAUUGUUGAAUAAUUUUUUGUGUCAGUCUCACUUUCUGAAUAUUACGACUGGCUGCUUUAGAUCCACCAGAUCCGGGAUCUUCUAUCUUCUCUUCUUCUUCUUCGGGGAUUCUAUUUCUUCGGUUUGAACGGGCAACGCUGAAUUGACUCCUCAGGAGCCCCAUCUUACCCGAUUUUUCUACGGAACAAAUUAAUUGAAUAAUGGAGAAUAAAGAAUUCACGAAACGUGAACAAAUACCAGAGACUACAAUAUAAGAUUUUCCAAUGUUCGAUCGUGUAUUGAGUCGCAGUAGAAAAGGACAAUGUGGAUGGAAUUCCAGUAAUCUGCCAUUGAUGGGCACAAGUAAUACAACUAGAUCGUACAAAUUAGUUUCUUGUCAUGUUUUUGUUUCAUUCAGGUAGUCAUAAAAAUGAAUUGUUCAUUAGUUUUGAAAAUAAUCUCGGUCAAUUAACAGAAGAAAAAUGAAACAUUUCGAUUGAAUUACUGUCUUGUGUGCAUUACCACAUAUAUAUUUUUCCAAACUGAAAAUGCAAUCUUAGGCAAUAAAAUAUUGUUAUGUUUAUCAUUGCAGUUGUCAAAUGUACAUAAUUGUUGAAUAAUUUUUUGUGUCAGUCUCACUUUCUGAAUAUUACGACUGGCUGCUUUAGAUCCACCAGAUCCGGGAUCUUCUAUCUUCUCUUCUUCUUCUUCGGGGAUUCUAUUUCUUCGGUUUGAACGUCCAACGCUGAAUUGACUCCUCAGGAGCCCCAUCUUACCCGAUUUUUCUACGGAACAAAUUAAUUGAAUAAUGGAGAAUAAAGAAUUCACUAAACGUGAACAAAUACCAGGGACUACAAUAUAAGAUUUUCCAAUGUUCGAUCGUGUAUUGAGUCGCAGUAGAAAAGGACAAUGUGGAUGGAAUUCUAGUAAUCUGCCAUUGAUGGGCACAAGUAAUACAACUAGAUCGUACAAAUUAGUUUCUUGUCAUGUUUGCUUUCAUCCAGGUAGUCAUAAAAAUGAAUUGUUCAUUAGUUCUGAAAAUAAUCUCGGUCAAUUAACAGAAGAAAAAUGAAUCAUUUCGAUUGAAUUACUGUCUUGUGUGCAUUACCACAUAUAUAUUUUUCCAAACUGAAAAUGCAAUCUUAGGCAAUAAAAUAUUGUUAUGUUUAUCA